AUGAAGCAACCUUUGGAGGACUAUGUCACCUAUGCCUGCCGCAUCAACAAAGCUUGCGUUGAAUUCGAACUGCCCAAGCUCUCGGAGGAGCAGUUCAAGUGUCUUGUUUUUGUGUGUGGUCUGAAGUCAGAGAAAGACGCAGAAAUAAGAACGCGGUUGCUGUGCAGGAUCGAGGAGCGAGCAGACAUAACUCUGGAGCUGAUUUCGGAAGAAUGCCAACGCCUUCUCAACAUUUGGCAUGACGCGGCGAUGAUUGAGGAGCAGGCAGCCGCUGUGCAAGCGUUGGAUUCGAAGCCGAAGUUCUCGAGGAAGCAGUUCAAGUCUGGUCCGUCUGGUGAUCGCGCGAAGUCCGGUAGAAGUGGUCCAGACACGGCCUGCUGGUUGUGUGGUGGGAUGCACUACGCACGGGACUGCUCGUUCAAGGCGCACGAGUGCACCGACUGUGGACUGGUUGGCCACAAAGAAGGCUACUGCCGGAGCGCUGAGAAAGUCCGGAAGAAGUACGUCUCGACCAGUCGUGAUGAAUCGCACCUCUGUGCGGCUGCAACUCGACACCGGGUCCGACAUCACCAUCAUCUCAACGGGAACGUGGCGCAGCAUUGGAAGUCCACCAAUGUCAACAACUUCCGUCUUCUGGUGCGAAAUGGUGGUCGGGGACGAAAGUCUUCUGGUCUGGUUCGAGUGACAUGUCAACCACUGAAUUUGCUGGGCUCUGACACAAUUGACAGCUUUGGGCUGUGGUCAGUGCCGCUUGACACCAUCUGUCAUCUGGUUGAAACGUCAACAACAACAACAACAACAAAUGUCGAUGCUCUUAAGGCGGAGUUUCCACAUUUGUUUUCUGGAGAGUUGGGCUUGUGCGUGAAGACGAAGGUGAAACUUGAGUUGAAGCCGGAAAAAUCACCCGUUUUUCGGCCCAAGAGACCGGUUGCUUACGCGAUGUACCAAGCUGUGGAUGAAGAGUUGGACCGACUCGAGCGCUGCAACAUAAUUUCUCCUGUGGAUUUUUCGGAGUGGGCAGCUCCGAUCGUGGUGGUACGAAAGGCAAGCGGGGCAGUACGAAUCUGUGGAGACUAUUCCACGGGGUUGAACGACGCGUUGCAGCCCAACCAGUACCCGUUGCCUCUUCCCCAGGACAUUUUUGCUAGUCUGGCCAGUUGUACCGUCUUCAGUCAGAUUGACUUGACCGAUGCGUACCUGCAGGUGGAGAUGGACGAGAGCUCGCGUGCCAUGCUCACCGUCAACACGCACCGGGGACUAUACCAGUACAACCGCCUGGCACCUGGAGUAAAGCCAGCAACGGUAGCUUUCCAGCAAGUCAUCGACGGGAUGCUGUCCGGGCUCGUGAGGACUUGUGGUUAUCUCGACGACGUGGUUGUCGGGGGUUUGGACGAAGAGGACCACAAGAAAAACCUACGGGCGGUGCUGCAGCGCAUUGAGGAGUUUGGUUUCACGAUUCGUGCGAAAAAAUGUUCGUUCGGUCAGCCGCAAAUUCGCUACCUGGGCCAUCUUCUUGAUCGCCAGGGAUUGCGGCCGGAUCCAGCCAAGAUCGAAGCAAUCGCCAACCUCGCCGUUCCGACCGAUGUCAGUGGAGUUCGGUCAUUUCUGGGAGCUAUUAACUACUACGGCAAGUUUGUGGCGAACAUGCGAAAUCUUCGGUAUCCCCUCGACGAGCUGCUGAAGGAUGGGAACAAGUUUCGGUGGACGCCGGAAUGCCAGCAAGCGUUCGACCGAUUCAAGCAGAUUCUCAGCUCCGACUUGAUGCUGGCCCACUACGAUCCGACGCAGGAGAUUAUUGUCUCGGCAGAUGCGUCAUCCGUUGGGCUAGGCGCAACCAUCAGCCACAAGUACACCGACGGGUCGGUGAAAGUCGUUCAGCACGCAGCUCGGGCGCUGUCGAAGGCGGAACAGGGGUACAGCCAGCCGGACAGAGAGGGUCUAGCCAUCAUUUUCGCCGUUACCAAGUUCCACAAGAUGAUCUUCGGUCGCUCGUUCCGGCUCCAGACCGAUCAUGCGCCGCUGUUGCGGAUCUUCGGGUCGCGUAAGGGCAUUCCCGUGUAUACGGCGAACCGGCUGCAGCGUUACGCGUUGACCCUUUUGCUGUACGAUUUCACCAUCGAGCACGUCCCGACUGAGAAGUUCGGUCACGCCGACGUGCUGUCACGGCUCAUCAGCAACCACGCCAAACCUGACGAGGACUACGUUAUUGCUAGCAUCACCCUGGACAACGAUUUGAGGUCAGUAGUAGUUGACGUAGCAAGUGCCCUUCCUCUCAGUUUUAGGGUUGUGGAGCGGGACACGCAAGUCGAUCCGUUGCUGAAGAAGAUCUACCGUUACCUGCGCAAUGGCUGGCCACAGAAGCACACGAUCGUCGACUCGGAAAUUUUGCGCUUCUUCGCUCGGCAGGACUCGCUGAGCACUGUGGACGGGUGCGUUUUGUUUGGAGAAAGGCUGGUCAUCCCUGAACGGCACCGGCAGCGGUGUCUGCGCCAGCUGCACCAAGGACACCCGGGGAUCUCACGCAUGAAGGCCAUCGCCCGAAGCUAUGUCUACUGGCCUUCGAUUGACGACGAUGUGGAGGCACUUGUGAAGGCGUGCAAGCAUUGCGCAUCAGCGGCACGAUCCCCUCCGCACUCAGCACCAGUUCCGUGGCCUAGACCGACGGGACCCUGGAAACGUGUGCACGUGGACUUCGCUGGUCCGAUGGAAGGUGCGUACUUUUUGCUGAUUGUAGAUGCCUACACCAAAUGGCCGGAGGUGAUUAAGACGAAUCGCAUCACUUCGGUAGCAACAAUCGGCAUGCUCCGCAGCGUUUUGCUCGUCUGGGUAUGCCAGAACUGCUGGUCAGCGAUAACGGGACACAGUUUACGAGCGCUGAGUUCCUGGAGUUCUGUUCAACUAACGGCAUCCAGCACCUUACGACGGCCCCGUUUCAUCCGCAGUCCAAUGGCCAAGCGGAGCGGUUUGUGGAUACGUUUAAACGAGCAGUGAAUAAGAUUCAGGCGGGGAGGAGCUCAAUCGACGAAGCGCUAGACGUCUUCCUGAUGACGUAUCGAACUACACCGAAUCGUCAGGUCGAAGGUGGCGUGUCACCAUCUGAAGCCAUGUUUGGACGCCGCAUCCGGACGAAUCUGGAACUGCUCUUGCCACCACCACCAAAACCACCAAGCGAGUCAACGGAGUUGAAAGGUGGUUCCCGGAAGCGACGGUUUGAACCGCACGACCUGGUUUACGCGAAGCUGUACAGCGGAAACAAGUGGCACUGGGCGACUGGCGUUGUUUGCGACCGGGUUGGCCAGGUGAUGUAUACCGUUUGGGUCGAGGACCGCCGUAUGCUCCGAUCGCACGCAAAUCAGCUUCUCAGUCGUGCAGAUUGGAAUCCGAGGACAGAUGGAGCAGAGAAGCCGAAGUUGCCCCUCGACAUCCUGCUUGAUUCCUGGAAUCUGUCGAAACCAACACCGGCUGCGGACCCAACAACACCGACGGUCUUGGACGCGUCACUACAGUCAGCAAGUACGGAUCAACGCUCGUCACCUGGUGUCCCAGAAUGCUCGCCAUCCAUACCAAGAUCACCCGAGCAGGUUGCACCGCCUGAAAGCGAGCCUGCGUCGCUGGUACCGGGGCUUCGUCGUUCUACACGAGUUCGAAAGAAGCCUCAGCGGUUCAACUCGUACCAGCUCAAUUGAGAAGGGGGGAUGUUGGGACAACCUAAUCAGCGAUGGUCCCCACCAGUCCGCACGCCGCUGGACUCGAACUUGGCGUCUGGAACGCCCAGGUCACGACGUCACCACAGCGCAUACGUAGAGGAGGUUCCGGUUGUCAAAUGGAUGCAAUAAAGCCAUUCCGUGUUUAAUUACUUACAAGA